AUGAAAGAUCGAAAGGCAUAUAUUAUUAUUUCCGGUUUACUUGGACAAAGUGUUGUAUCUCGAAUACAUGAUAUGAAUCAAAUUGACUCAAUUUUUAGUUUUUGCGGCAUAGAACAACGACAUAGAGAAUGGUCGAAAGUCAAAGGAAUUUUCACUGAAAUCAUACCUAUCUGUAAGAGUCUUAAACUAGCAUCUGAACAACGUCAGCAAAAUGCGAUAUCCAUUAGUUUUAUUAUGUCGGAUGAGCAAUCGAAUCAGUUGAAUCCAAAUUUUAUGGACACAUGCAUGUUAAAUUGA